AUGCAUCUGGUCAGCAGACCUCAUAUGAUAUCAGUGAAUCCAUCUAGCCAGCAGACUAGUGUUGAAUUUUGGGCUAUGCCUAAGUGGGUUGAUGGUGGCCUUACCAAUGGCCUUCCUAUCUUGCCUUUUGGAAGAACUGUGACGAUUUCCCCUUUCAGUGGUCGAUUAGAUAUCUGUCCACAAGAUAAAGGGCGUGUGGACCUGUAUGUUAAAUUAGCAAAACAAGAUAUGAUGCUGUCUCUGGCCAACCUAGUAAGACUUAAUCAAGCUUUGUUCCCACCAGACCAGGAGAAAAUGGAAUCGUUGUACCAAAAUGGCUUUGACGAUGCUGUACGCUUUUUAUUGAAAGAAAACUGGUUUGAGUAGAUGGCUCAUAGAAAAUUAGCAAAACAUGAUGUCUGUCAAAACACAGCUACAGGCAUCC